AUGUCUUCCAGCAAGGGCCAGUUCGAGCAGGGCUACCAGCCCGAAGUGCAGCAGCAGAGCAGCAUCCCCGGAAAGGAGUCUGAGAUGGAUCCUCAGCCCGAAUACGACCACCUUCCGACUCCCGAUGGCGGCAAGGAGCUCUACAAGGCCGCCGGUAAGCUUAAGGGCAAGAAGGCCAUCAUCACUGGUGGUGACUCCGGUAUUGGUCGCGCAUCUGCCAUCCUUUACGCCAUGGAGGGCGCCGACAGCUUCAUUGUGUACUUGCCUGAGGAGGAGGACGACGCACAGCAGACCAAGAAGAUGGUCGAGGAGAAGGGAGCCAAAUGCUACACAUUCGCUACCGACCUGAAGGACCGCGCAAACUGCAAGAAGGUCAUCGAUGAGGCCGUCAAGCAUAUGGGUGGUGUCGACAUCCUCUUCAACAAUGCCGCCUACCAGAACAUGGUCGAGGACAUUAAGGACCUCGAUGAGGACCAGUGGGUGCACACCUUCAACACCAACAUCCACCCUUACUUCUACCUCUCGAAGUACGUGCUGCCCCACAUGAAGCCAGGCUCCGUUAUCAUCAACAACGCCUCCAUCAACGCAUACAUCGGCCGCCCUGACCUGCUCGACUACACAUCGACAAAGGGUGCCAUCGUUUCUUUUACCCGUGCUCUGCAUAACCAGUACGUUUCCAAGGGUAUACGUGUCAAUGCUAUUGCGCCCGGUCCUGUGUGGACACCUCUCAUUCCUGCCACCAUGAACAAGGAGGCUAUCAAGCAGUUCACCGCUCCUAUCGGUCGUCCUUCACAACCCAGUGAGAUCGCGACCGUCGCCGUCUUCCUCGCUGCCCCUGACAGCAGCUCGAUCAGUGGUCAGACUAUCCACCCCAACGGUGGUACCGUUGUCAGCGGUUAA